AUGGCACUCUCAUCCUCGAGGGAAACGAAUAAGUACCUGCUGUUGUGUCUGAUGUUAGUUAACACCCAUAAGAGAGUGGGGGAGGGGGGGGUUGUGGCCGGGGGUGGCAGUGGAGUGGGGCUCGACAUCAUUGCCACAGACAGCCGCAGGUGUGGUGUCGGCCGGAGACAGUCGGUGUCUGUUGUCUGUCUGCUGUGCUCGUGUCUGUUGUCUGUUUGUCUGUAUCCGUCUGUCCUCCCAGCCGCCACCAUUUACUGCUGGCUGAGCUCCUCUACUCCUACGGCACGACCCAGCUAUGUCAUGCCUAAUGGAGGGAAAAAGGCCGUGUUCCCCACACUGGCCUUGCACGACCACGACCCUCGGGCCGCCGCGCAUGAGCAGAAGGAUCGCACAAAGAAGAUGCUCCACCAGCAAUCCAGAAGCAGGUCCGAGAGCAAGGACAGUCCGGAAAAAGAAAAAGCAGAACACCCACAACAACAUCCUGAGAAAGUGAAACAAAAGUCGAGUAAAAAUGAGUCGAAGGAGAAAUAACUGUCGGCGAGUGUGGCUGCAGGGCUGGUUUCUUGUGGUUAUAUGUGCCAGAGGGUGGGGGAGGGGUAGGGGUAGUUAACAACAUUGAGAGCACUACAAAACAGUCACGUGGUCAGUGUGUCAGGCCUAAGCUAGCUUUACGUUAUACAUUAGACACCUCUGUAUGUACACAGUAGGUUAGCGGCGUUUAGGUGUAAAUGGCAUUCGAUGACAAAACUUCCUAUGAUCCUAGGAUCUUAACUAACUAUGACAGUUCCUUAGGACUUAAGCUAAUGUAGUUGUGAUUUUCAUAUUUUUUUAUUCAACGCAAGUUCCCACUUUUCAUGGACGGUUUCAUUUGUUGUGCGUGAUUCCCCAGCAGUCCCAAUUGUCAAAUGGAGAAGAAAUUCUAUAAUUAAUUAAAGAAUUAGCAAGUACAUUUAAAGGGUGUAAAUCUAAAAAAAAAAUACUAAAUAAAAUGACAACUAAAAGCAGUAUAAAGUUCAAAUGAUAAAAUGUUACGCAUACUCAGUGUACAAAUGUAUAGGCAACAAUAAUGUGUAUAAUAAUCGAACCGACAUGUUUUAAUAAGUUUUGUGGUACAGAGUUCUUCGUUUCAAAAACAAACGUGGUUGUGAAUGUUGAGAGUUUAGUUCCAAUUCGUGGUUUAGCACUUGGAUCUUAAAAACUGGAAACUGAAAAGAAAUACAUUUACGUGUUUCUUACUAAAAAAUAACAAACGAAUUUUAACAAUAAAAAGUUUUCAUAGAACGUUAUCCAACUAUACUAUUUUUGUCCUAGUAUUUUGUGGUUUAUAAUAAAAUUGCUAAAACAAUAAUUAAUCAAGACUAUAUCAAUGUUAAGACAACUGAACAAUAACUUAUUUUAUAAUGUCGUUACAAUAUACUUAAAAGUUAGAUCUAGUUAUAACAUAAUCAUAAUCCAGUAGUGUAAGAUGCAUAUUGUAUUGUAUAUUAUAAAUAUAAAUACUACCAAUGCUACUGUUAUAACUUAUGAGACAUAUCAAAACAUUGUCAUUAAAUGCCAUUUUUAACGUUAGAAUUAAGCUACUCUGUGUACUAAUUAUUUAUACUUUGUCAACGCUCAUUUCACGCUAGCUGUAUAUUUGUUACUUCAGUUAGCUUACUACACUUGUCCAAUACCGUUUAAAUGUAGUACGUUAUAAAUGUGUAUUUCAUGUUUUAAAUUAUAUAUUAAAUAAUAUAUUAAUAACUA